GGAGUUUGGCAAAGAGUUCUUGCAAUCGCCAUCAUCAUCAUCAUGAGAUACCAUUGCGUUUUGCUUCUGGCAGUCCUGGCCUGUGUCCUCAUCGGCCAGUCUUCGGCAGCGUCGUCGACGACCACGACCACGGGAACGGCCACAACAACGGCUGCAACUGCCACAACAACAACAACGUCGGCAAGUGCCACAACCACAGCAGCAGCCACGACCACCGACGCCGCCGCGGCCACCGCCACCACCACCACGACCGCCGCCUCCACCAGCGGUAAAAAGAAAAAAAAGAGGACCGUGAAAUGGGUAGAACGCCGAAGUGGUGGCAAGAGGAGCGGGAGCAGGAACAAGAGCAAGAACAAGAGCAAGAAGAACAGGAAGGUCAGGAGGCGUCACCAUCACCGUGUCUCGACCACCUCUAGCAGUGCCAUUAGCAGUGGCACCUCAUUAAGGCGCCGAUCCCUCUCCAACCGCAGGAGGAGCGGCUAGACACCCCCCCUCCCCCCCUGACCCCAAGCUACACUCCGCCGAACCACCACGAAACGAUCACGUUGAACGAUACCCAUUUCGUCUUUAGUUUUAUCUCUUAUCCAAGGCCCAACGAAUACUAACCUUACUUUUUUGUAAUAUUUGGUUUAAAGAAAAUUAAACGAAAUAACAGCUUUUAAAAAAUA